GAGGGCAUUUACGUAAUAAAGUGGCGCCGAAGACACAGAUUUCCUCUGGCCGUGAUCUCCCCGCGAUUAAAUUUCGUCUUUGAGAAAUACACGCAGAGUAAGAUGGGGAGAAAUUGAAGAACUAGAAAAUAAAGAUGCCUUGCGCUGAUUCAGGCCAAGACAUGUCCAAAUAGAAAGAAAGGUAUCUGAUUCUUUAUUCAACCAAUUGUGAAGUUGGAAAGUCAAAUAAUUCUGGUACUUAAUGAUGUGCUGAGGAAAUGCUUCCAAACAUUUCUCGUCGGUUCUCCUUUUUGGGGGUAGGAGGUUCCUUUAUAUCUGAUGAGAAAAGGGUUGAUGGAUCUUCCAUUGGUCUCAAUGCUGCAUGUUCUCCAGCCUUGAAGAUACGAACAGAUAAAGAUGCGUAUAGGCCUGGCGAAUCAGUUAUUGUGAUCAUUGAGAUUUGUAACUCGAAUGCCACUAACAAGAUAUCUGAGAGGGAGCAUAAAUCUGAUGAUCCAUGGUCACUUCUGGUUGAGAAGAUUGCUUUUGAAAUUAAAGGAAUAGAGAAGUUGGAUACUCAAUGGUUUUCCAUGCAGAAACCAUUACCAGGAUCGAAGCAUCAGAGAGGUGAGCUGGUUUUCCUGGAUUGUUCAACGCCAUCUAUCAUUUCAAACCAAAUCAUUUCUUCAGGUGGCACAAAAACAUAUAUAGUGCGAACAGAACUACCAAAGAGCAUACCUCCAUCAUACAGGGGUACUGCCAUUCGUUAUCAUUACUAUGUUAGAAGCAUGCUGUCUGGACGAUGGUUGGCAUUGGAGAAUGGGCAUUCUCACAGAGAGCCCAUAAAUGAUCUCAUUCAGCUGGAAGCUCGUGUUCCACUACAAAUAUGGGCCACACAAAAGACCAGUGGCUUUCUAAGUGAAGAAGGUCAAAGUGAUGGGGUUUUAUCUUCUACAGUCUUCCAAAUGGAUAUAUAUUGGAAAGAGAAGGAUGCAGACUCUGAAUGGUCUAGAGCCAAUGAAAUGUAUGAUGGGGUAGAGGAAGGCUAUGAAAGCUCCAGGGAUGAGAUAUCCUCUGUUUCUUCUUAUAAUCCGACUAAGGGAACUGUAGACCUACCAUUUGGAAGAUCUCUAUCCUUGCAAUCUGUAGCAAGGAAUUCAAACAAGGAUGUGUCAUAUCUCCAAGGAGAGCGUGCAAGUUUAUAUUCCACAGCACUUACUCAGCUCUCUGUGGCUGAGGUCUUGGAUGAUCCAGAUGUAUUUCCACCCUAUAAGAGGCCUCCAUCUGUUCUCUCUCCAAGGGAGCUGACAAAGCAUAGAAAUCUGAUCUCCACUGAAGAUGAUAGAGAACUUCCUGUUGUACAUGGAAAUAUUGAACCUAUUGCAUCAGAAGGCUUUAUUCGAGGAAAGUCUUAUAAUAUCAGGUUGGAUGACCAAGUUUUGCUCCGAUUUUCUCCAAAGAACUCUGACUCAACUUAUUACUUCAGUGACAUGAUUGGUGGGACUCUCACCUUCUUUCAUGAAGAAGGAACAAGGAGAUGCCUUGAGGUUUCAAUAACCUUGGAGACUUCAGAAACUAUAGGUCAGCGUUUUAUUCAUCCUUCACGAAGGAAUUCCCCAACAAUCACAAAGGUUCAGAGUGAUUACCAUGAAGUUGUUGCAGAUUUGGUGCAGACAAGCUUUCUUUUUUCUAUUCCCAUGGAUGGACCCAUGUCAUUUUCCACACCCCGUGUUUCUGUGCAAUGGGCUCUCCGAUUUGAAUUCUUUACUACUCCGAAGAAUGUAGACUGGACUAGAUAUGAACAUUCCCUUCUUAUAGAGGGGAGAGAUAAAGGGGAGUGGGUUCUUCCAAUAACUGUCCAUGCACCUCCAAUGCGUACUCAGGCUGCUCAUGCAAGAAAUGACCAGUCGUCUCUAGGGCCUUUGUGGACUCGUGGUUGAAGGACACGCUCGAGCUGCUCCAGGGACUUGCGCGCUUUUUGACGGCAUCAGGUAGUAUUGCCUUGUUGGGAUUGAAAAUGCAUUGGAGAGUUACGAAAGGGAGUGGAAGUGUGGAACUCUAGCUUUUGCAUAUAGAUAAUAGAUUUGAUGUUUGGGAGUAAGCAAUACAGUGCUAGGCAUUCCUGAAAAUAUGAUGUAGUAGAAUGCCAAGGAGACAACAUAGAUGUUUGACAYAAUUGCACACUGUAGGUCUUAGAGAAGAGGAUAAAUCUAUGCUGCGUAGAUGAGAAUCAAGUGACCAUUAUGUACUAGUAAUUCUUCAUUUUUACUAGUUUAUGUACUUUCUUGUAUUAGUGUCUUUUACUCCCCCUAAUUUAGGUGGCAUCACAUCCUUUCUCU